CAUGAGCCAACAGUGCUGGUCAGCUGAUUGCAAGAGACGGAGGUGUUUGCGGUCUGUCGUCGUGUGUCUGAUCAGGCAAGAUCCGCUUUCUCUGUGUUUUCUCUUUCAAGACAGAACGCCAAGUGUUCCUGAUUCGCCUGCGUUGUUUUGAAGUUGAUAACGGACAUUCCCACUUCGAUCUGGUGACUGUGUAUUGUAGACUGAGAUACUAGUGAACAAAUUUCGAUCGUGAAAAACCUAUAUAAAAGGUUGAGAGAGUUGUGAACCAUCUCGCCCGCUUGCGUGACACGGUAAUCUAAGAAGGCGUUGCCUCUUCCUCUUCUUCGUCUUUUUCUCAGCGUUGUCGUAAGAAAAAACAAACAAAGUAACAAGAAAUCUAUCCUGCAGUGUGCAUGUGUUUAUCAUCUUAAUAUAGCGGCACACAGUCAGCCUCUUCAAGUCAUUGUAAGUUAAUUGUCAUUGAUCGUUGGCGAAGGGAGAGGCUACGAUCUACAUGAGGAGAGACAGCACCUAACUUGAAAUCGUUGUUGCUAUCCAUGUUGCAAAGAAAGGGCCAGUUUUAAUCGCGCUGCUAUUCUACGUGUAAACGACGAAAGAAGAGUGGGAACAGGCGCCGAAGAAAGUCUAGAUAUAAAGACUCAGUUCCUAUUACGAAGAACUUCCUUUCCUUCUUGGGGAGUGACAGUGAAAUUUUAGUUUCCCAUAUCGCACUUGAUACUCACACUCCAAUUAGUUUCCAGCAAACGUCGAUACACUUCACCCAAAGAUUCGGUAAUUGGUGAUGGUAUUUUCCAUAGGUUUUAUGGGUCAAUGAAGAAGCAGUGCAAAUCGAGAUAAAUUUAGGAAAUACGUCUUAAAUGACAAGAGUCAGCUCCAGCAUCUAUUUAAUGUUAUUUUUUAUGUUAAUAUUGCCAAUGAACUGUCCAAAGGGAUGAUGAAUUGAGAUACAUCAUCGUCGUUGCCAUCAUUGUCUUCCAUCAUUAAGAAAGCAGAAGAACAACUCGGAGCUUUUCUUGUUAGCUGGCUAAGAAGAACAGACAUCACGAGGAUAGUUUUUAUUACACAUUUAUAGUAGCCAGCACCUAGUUGAACUUUUUUUUACCUAAUCCUUCACUGAGACUAAAAAGCAAAAAAAAAAAAAGGUAUUCGUGUUCCAUAAACUGAUCGAAUUCCUUUGAGAAAAUCGGGCGGUAGCCAUACUUCCUGAGUGAUUGGUGAAUCCUCUUGCAAGCUGGCGAAGACGAAUCAAUCGGCACUGAGGGGGUCAAAGGUCUGGCCAGCUUCGCCUAUCAAGGUCAAUGGCAGGGUUCUGAAUCCCCCCAACCCAAAUGAAUUCGAAGGUCCCACCAGUAACCGCAGCUGCAGAGAUGUCAUCUUCCUCAUCCUCUUCAUCGCCUUCGUCGUCGGGGCGCGCUGAAAGCUGACCCAAAACGACUGAUCCACGGCAACGAUCAGUAUGGCAAUGUCUGCGGCAGGAAGAACACCCCCUACGAAGGGGUCCCCCUCUCCGGGCAGGACUUCUCCCAGAAACCAUACAUGGGGAUGGGGAAUGUCAUCAACCUCGCCAGCGCUAUUGCCACGGGUCAGGCCUCGAACGGGGCCACCUGUAUAUCCAAGUGUUCGAAUUCAUCGACGCAGAUCGCCUUCCGGUGCAUCCCAGUGCGACUCGACGUAGCAUCGAACAAGACCGAGGAGAUCACGAGGGCCAUCUUUGGCGUCAGCGCCGGAAACUUCUUCAGAGAUGUAGGCAAAGAUUUAGCGGCGUCGUGGCGGGAGAUUGUGUACAUGUGUCUCAUCGGUCUAGCCUUUGCUAUCAUCAUUACGGCGAUGCUUAGAUUUCUGGCGGGAUUCGUAGUAUGGCUGACAGUGGCGAUCAUCAUCCUGGGAAGUAUCGCAGCCACCAUCUAUCUCUGGGUCAGUUGGCACUUCAGGUCCAAGGAAGUCGAGAAGAUGCAGAAGGACACCAGUGGAAAGUACUCCGACUACGAAAAGGAACUCAUGAAGAAACAGCUCACCGGGUUCCUGGUUGGCGCUAUCGUCGUUUCUAUAUUCACUGUGCUGACCAUCCUUCUCCUGAUUGCUAUGAGGAAAAGGAUCAAGCUGGUGAUUGCUCUUUUCAAGGAGGCAGGAAAGGCCAUUGCUUCCAUGCCGUUGCUGCUCCUUCAGCCAGUCUGGACAUGCAUUUGGUUGGUGGUGAUCUGUGGCGCCUUCGUAUACGGAGUCUUUUUCAUCGAGGCGUCAGGAGUGCCUCAGAGAGUUGGCCAGACGAUCCACUUCGUCAUUCCAGACCUCAUACUCGGGAUGAGAUGGUAUCACCUGUUCGCAUUCUUUUGGGUCUCCCAGUUCGUCCUUCAUUGCCAGGACCUGACGAUAGCUGGAGCUGUGGCACUGUGGUAUUUUGCAAGGGACAAGAAGAAGCUAGGAUGGCCAAUCGCCACUUCUAUGAAGAGGAUGUAUUUGUAUCACCUGGGGUCCAUCGCAAUCGGCUCUCUCAUCAUUGCCAUCAUGAAAAUGAUACGGUUCUUACUUAAGAAAUUCGAGAAGAGACUGGGAGGAGCUAAUCCCGUAUGUGGAUUCCUCCUGAAGUGUUGCCAGUGCUGUCUCUGGUGUUUUGAGAAGUUCCUCAAGUACCUGAGUCGCAACGCCUACAUCGAGAUAGCCAUUUAUGGGUACAGCUUCUGCAAAGCCGCCCAGAAGGCAUUCAACGUGAUUGUCAGCAACGCCUUUAGAAUAAUGGCGAUUAAUUACAUCGGGUCAUUCGUCCUCUUCUUGGCAAAAGUCGCUGUGGUCGUUCCAACUGUCUUCAUCGGCAUUGAAAUUAUGAAGACUUUAAACGGAGUCGUCACCUACGCGUGGGUGCCAGUUCUCUUGGCAGGUUUGUUCACGUUCUUCAUCGCCCACUGCUUCAUCUCCGUUUAUGAGAUGACGAUAGACGCUCUGUUCAUUUGUUUCUGUGAAGACUGCGAGAUGAACGAUGGUCUUCAAAAGCCGUACUUCAUGAGCAAGGGACUGAUGAAACUCGUCGAGAACAGCAAGAAAGCCAUAGAAGCCUUAGAAGUCCGCGAAAAGGAACAGCAGCAGCAAGCCUGGACCACAAAUGUUGUCCAACCGAACAACGUCUACGGCAUUCCCGUGGCUCAGCCGCCCCCUCAGCGUCCUCCAGGAUACGUCCAUGGAGGAAUGACACCCCUCCAUCCUGCCUAUCCUGCCAACUCUAUCCCACCAUCACCUUCGCACUUCCUUACACCACCUGGCCAGUAGAUGACCGACUGUGCUUUGUAAAUAGUGGUUUCUCAAGAAUGGGAUGUAGGGAGUGCAUCUUUUGAAUGUCAUAAAAUGGGCAAUUCUCUUUCUUUUAAGAAUUGUGGUCCAAAUUGGGUCUGAUUUGAGUUAUAUUUAUGUCAUACUGUAAAUAGAUUUAGAUAUGGAUUCAAGUCACAAUUGACACCAAAAAGUGCUUAUUGUUUUUUAAAAUUGUGGUUUGAAUUCCACCAAAAGUUUAGUUUAUUAAGAAACUUUUGAAAAAUUAAUUUUUUAUAUUACAUAUGAACUUUAAUGAUGGUUGUGAAAAGAUUCCCUUUGAGGGCGGGUAUUUUGUUACUUCUUUUUUUUUUUAACAAAGAGGGAUUCAUUAUGCGGAAAUAAGGCUGAAGAGUUUGCAAUGGUAAUGAAUUCCCUCUGAAUACUAGUCCAAGUACAGAUAUAAAUAAACAAAAAGACCCAUUAGGCAGACACAGUCAAUAGCUAGUAGGUGAUGUUGGUGUGAUGUUAACGGUUCCUUUUAAGUAUACUUACCAGGCAAACAGGUACUCACGUACAAACAAGUACAUUUAACCAGGAAGCUUAUGCACAUGCACACAAGCACGAAUCACAACAGCAUAUGGAAAAUGUGUCUAUUGUACUUACAAACAAAACAUUACAACAAGUAUUUUACACGUAUGGCCUAGUCUGUGAUGAUGGUAAAGUAGUAUUUCUCUCUCUCUCUCUCUGUUUGAAUGCUUAUGUAUAAUUCUAUAUAUAUACCAUAGAGGACAAAAGUGCUUAGAAAUGAGUAUAGGACGCAAUGAAACGUGGAUGUUUUCAUUUAUUUAACAAUUUCAUUGACAACCAUCUUGGAAUCGUCAUGUUUUCAGAGUAGAAAGUAAUAUAUCGUAACAGAAGCCUGUGCGACGACUCAUAUUCAAGAAAAGCGUGGGAGUUCUUCUUGUCUUCUGUAAAGGAAAAUAUUUCGUCGGCAUGUUAAAAUAUGGUCGUCGAAUGAUCUCGUCCUCUCUCUCUCUCUCUCUCUCUCUCUCUCUCUCUCUCUCUCUCUCUCUCUCUCUCUCUCUCUCUCUCUCUCUCUCCGUGAUCCCAAGAAAUAUUUUAAGCGUGUUGUUGUUUAUUGCACUGUUGAAGACACUUUCGUGUCCUGGUUGAGAUCAGUGUAUUCUAUCUGUGAUAGCACAUGCGUUAAUGCAUGCUUAGUUUUAAAAUGAAAUAACUAUUUUAGCUUACAAGUGUGGUUUUUUUUUUUUUCUACAUUACUGUUUAACUUAAAUAAUAAUAAUAAACAACACAACACACGCAUAUAUAUAUAUAUA